AUGUUUCAUAGUAAAGUAAUGCACUGUACAAUUUGCUUGAAACAUGGUGCGGUGGGCUUGUCGAAUAGUGUACUUCUGCAACAGUUAGCACGGAUAUCAACAUCACAAGGGUGGAAUAGUAAGCUUCCACUAACUACACAGACAACAGCCUCAGUGAAAAGCAAAAAUGUGCAAAAAGACACCAGAAUGUGGAAGGAGACACCAGCCCAUGAUAGGAAAAAUAAUUUAGGAAAUUACUGUAUGAUGCUGUCUAAGUUUCGGUUAAGUUCCUUGGUAGUGAUGACCUCGAUGGCCGGUUAUGCUCUCGCACCUGCACCCUUCAACCUUACUACAUUCGCUCUUUGCGCCGUCGGCACUGGCCUAACGUCGGCUGCAGCUAAUUCAAUUAACCAGUUCCAUGAAGUACCAUUCGAUGCUCAAAUGUCCAGAACGAAAAACAGAGUGCUUGUCAAAGGAUUAUUGGAGCCGGUCCACGCGAUAGGAUUCGCGACAGCGGCAGGUACCACAGGACUUGGACUGCUAUACUUCGGGGUCAACCCGCUUACUGCAGCAUUGGGGGCUACGAACCUCAUACUUUACACAUCUGUCUACACACCUAUGAAGAGGAUAUCAAUUUUAAAUACUUGGCUUGGGUCUGUAGUCGGAGCGAUACCUCCUCUAAUGGGCUGGGUGGGGUGCACGGGCGCGCUCGAUCCAGGCGCCAUCGUUCUUGGUGUGAUCUUGUACUCCUGGCAGUUCCCUCACUUUAACGCGCUCUCGUGGAAUUUACGGCCCGAUUACUCACGAGCUGGAUACAGGAUGAUGGCUGUUACUGAUCCAGCAUUAUGUAGAAGAGUGGCUCUCAGACACACAGGUGUGAUCGUCGGUACUUGCCUCGCCUCCUCUUACUUCGAAGUUACUAACAUGUGGUUUGCAGUAGAAUCACUACCGUUAAAUCUAUAUUUUAUGUACUUAGCAUGGCAAUUUCACAAAAAAUCAGACAGUAGCAGUUCAAGGAAGCUAUUCAGGUUUUCAUUGAUACACUUGCCCGCAUUAAUGCUGCUGAUGCUAGUCAAUAAGAAGAGUUGGUAUAGCAGCAAGGAACAAGAUACUCCGAAGGUGCAAGAUGUGAACAAGCUACCUGAUUCUAGAAUAUCAGUAUUACCUCGUAGACCAAUUGUCGCCGCACAAGAGGCUGAAUCAGAAAUAUAA